AUGGAAAAUAUGACAAAAGAAAUAUCUGAAUUGCUGCAAUGCAUUCGUCAUGUUGAAAACGAACACAACCAAUUAGUUGACGAAUAUUUUCAAAUAAAAAAUCAUGUAAAAGAAGCUUUAACAAACUUAAACAAUGACCCAUCAUCGAGUCAUUUAAAUGCAUAUAAUUAUUAUAUAACCAUAUCUGAAUCGCUCAUGAAAAAUAUUCGCUUGAAACGAUUAUCAUUAACAAAUUUAAUAUGUAAUUUACAUGAACAUGGAAUUUAUCUUGAUGAUGAAAGUGAAAGCGACAAUGAUAUUAAUAGCAGUGUCGAUGAAGGUAUCGAUGAAAAUUCGUUAAGUUUUAUUGAUCAUAGUUCAAAAUUGUCGAGUCUUGAUAACAGUGAAAAUAAUAUUAAUAAUGAAGGAAUGAUUGUAGAUUAA